GUGCAAAAGUUUAGUCAAGCUGGCAGAGGCCAACAGCUAAGACAGAUACGGAUACAGAGAAAAUAAGUUGAUAUCAAAAGUUUGAUAAGACUCAUCGGGCCUUGUGUAGAGCAAUGGUCACUCUCAAAAGUGAACAAACAACUUCCUGAAAGGACAAACAGUUUUCUGCUGUCUGAGCUGAGCUGGAAAAAGAGACAGGGGGACUUCCUUAUUUGAGCUGGAAGCUACAUUGAAUGUUAUGGUGCCUAGAACUCCACGCGGACCAACUGUGUCAACGACAACAUUCACAUCUCUCUUCAACAACUCCAGUUAUUUAAAGAAAUGAAGAAAAAUAUGCUUCACUGAUAAAAAAUAAAUAAACUGAAGGUUGACUGUUUAGUAAAACCAAUAAUGAGUCACACAGGACAAGAAAAUCCGGGGACAGGACUAAGAGACGCCCUCGACAUUCUAGUUAAAGCACCUUCAGAGCGACUGCUAAGCCUGACAUUCAAGUUGGGUGAGUCUCCAGAAGAUAAAAUCAUACACGCCAUGUGUCUGAUCGUUCUCCAGAGAGGGGCGCAGGCUCUGGAAAAACUCCAGACUCUCAGAGAAAACCACCUCGCUAACCAUCUGGCUGAAAAAUGGCGGCUGAGCGGAGGUAAAUUAGAAGAUUUCAGUGUCCACUGUGGUGAUUCUAAAGGGUUCACUGGAGAAUCUUCACUGGCGGCUUUGGCACGCAUUUUUAAGGUUUUGUCCGAACAGAGGCUGUGUGACACACUUCUGAGAAAUCUGGCGUACAAGAGAGCCGUUUCCAGUGAUGACAAAAAGACGAGCAGCAAUGGCGAUCUGGAGUAUUUUCAGCUCAGAGAUGAAGCUAAGGAGGUCUGUGGGCCUGAGUUUGCAGAGUGGCUAUGCUCCGCUCCAGGGCCCGAUUCGGAGUCUAACAGUGAUCCUCUUAGAAGUCCAAGUGAAGCAAACACAGCUUUAAAAGUGAGUCCUUCUCAAGAUCAGUCAGAGAGAGGACACGAUCUGCCCAGCCCACUGCAGGCAAGCUGCUCCAUGCCCUCAUACCCCACUCAUCUCGAGAUCAGCGUACCUGCAACCGCCUCUUUUCAAGAUGACAAAAGAACUCCAGAAACAUCAGAGGAACCCAAAAUAAACUCCCCCGAUCCAAUUCCUGGACAAUCAGAUACCUUGAAAUCUACUGAUCAUCCAGAGUUUGUCGAAAAGCAAAACCCAAAAAAGGUUGACAAAUCAGCGGCAGAGAGCAAGAAGUUGGACAUUCUUAUCCAUCCAACUACAAACAAAACCACCAAACCAACCACAGCACCUACAUCAGAUUUACCUGGUUCAACACACAUUAACCUGCCAAAGAUGGCAGCUGCAAACGCUAUGCAAAGGAGUGAUAGUACUGAGGAGGAAGAAGAGGAAACAUUUUAUGCAUUUGUUAUCUUGCAUGCACCAGAGGAUGAAGAUGUAGCCGAGAGCAUGAAGGAGAAACUGGAAAUAGUCACUGGUUCCGAUGGCGCAAUCUUCUGCGAUGACUUUGACGUCGCUGGAAAGAGCACUUUGAGGUGUGUGGAGGAUGCCAUCAACAACUCAGCCUUCACUCUCCUGCUGCUCACUCGCAACUUCAACACUCCCAUGAAGGAGGUGGAGGCAGACUCGGCCCUCAUCAACUCCAUCCACAAGAAACACAAGUACAACACGGUGAUCCCUGUGCUUCCACGGGAGAACUUCAUGUCCAGAGAGGACAUACCUUUAGUUCUGCGCACAAAAACGACUCUUGAGGAAAACAAAAACUUUGAGAAAAGAGUGAAAAAGGCCAUGACUCCAGCAGUCAUUAAAAGACAGAGGAAGAUGUGGACUGAGGAGCAGACGCUGAAGAUGCAGAAGAAGAAACAGGAGAGGCUACAGCGAUCGAACCAGAACCGAAAGCAGCUGCUUGAAGAAAGUAAAGCGCUGAAGUUGUUGGAAAAAGAAAAACUCGACCUUUUGCUGGCGCAAAAACUUCUUCUGAAUCCCGAUUUGCCUCCUGAGCAGGACGACAAGGCUCGGUGGCAUCAGCAGCCAAAUAUUCAUAUUAAUAAUGCUAACUAUGUUAUGAUCGGUAAUGACUCUCGAAUGACUGUGGGAUUUCCUGGAGGUGCAGACAACGAUGAUUCCAUGUACACAGAGGAGGACGAGGAGUGAUGAAGAUGGACAAUUAUCUGUAGAAAAUUCAGAAAUAGGCUAAUCAUAUUUUUUUAGAACACUAAAAUGUUAAUGCUGAAAAAAAACCACUGUGAGGACAUCACUGCAGAUUGUGUCAUUGUUUUUAAACGUGAACAACUCAAUAAAACUGACAAAAG